AUGUACGAGUCUACUACCUCGUUGGGUCUACACCGGUUGAGUCGACACAGUCUACAAGACCGAUAUGAAUCAGAUGAAGAGGCCGUGUCUGAGUCGGAUACCGGAGCCCAGGAUCUACUGUCUUCGCCAAUGGGUUCUCCAGUUGAAUCUCAAGAAGCUGUCAUCUUCGAUUCGGAUCUGAGUGCCGAUGAUGCCUCUCACUUGGACGCGGAUUGGGAUCGUGAAGAGCGUCUGCUGGCGCCGCCGAUAGUCAAACGCCCACGGCCUGUCUCAACAGACACUAUCAAGAGGACGAGCACCGCUGCCUUCGACGAAGAUACCUACGUCUUUGACCCCGAGGAACAGAUGGUGCUGGAGCUGCCAUCCCCAGACUCUCCUCCCCAACUGGCGUCAAAUAUCUUCCUCCAGCCAUCGGUAUACGACUCCCCAAAGCCCAAGUCAACCACGAGGUCUCGUUCAACCUCGCCCUCCUCGAUUUUCUCCGUCGAGGAGGCAGACAUCCAAGUCGCCAAGAAAAUCACCUUUACGGAACCCCGGACUCGCCCAACAGUGGUCCUGAUCAACACGCUGGCCAAAAGACCAACCCCAAGAACUCGCUCCAGCCACUCUCGCUCUCGCGAAGGAAGCCGCAGUCGGCCUCCCCUCGCACGAGCAGACAACAGACUGGCACCACCACGCUCAUCAGAGCACGUCUCCAAACGACACUCCCACUCGCACAGAGAAACAACCCCCAAACCAGCCUCACGAAAGCAAUCCACAAUCCACAGCCAAGCUCUAGACCUCGACAAAAGAACAUCGGCUGCAACAAUCAACCGCGUCUCCGAAGUGCCCCUAAUCCCCUACUUCCCAGCACCACCACGGACCCUGCACAACGACCGGCCCCGAACAGCAGGCACAGACAAGUCCAUGGCAAUGCACCCACCACCCUCGCACCUCCGCCCCCGACGACCAACAGAAACCUCCCGUCCGGCCUCAAUCCGCAGCCUCAGCAACCACACCGUCAAAAGCUACACUUCCUGCCCAACCUCGCCGUACACAGACGACGGCACACAAGCCAGCCAUCCACUAUCGCGAGUCAACAGCUCCAUGUCCCUGGUCUCCUCUCCCCAAUCAUACUCCUCUCCACCGCACUCACUCCUCAAUUCCAAACGCCCGCCUACCUCGUCUUCUUCGUCUUCCUCUCCGUACAGCGUUUCCAAUAUCCUUAAUCACCGCUCGCCACUCAUGAUGCGCCGCAUGACGAGGAAGCAUUCCUCGUCGAGUGUCCAUUCUCUGAGUUCGUUGCGGUCAGAGGUUGACCCCGUUGAGCUGGGGCCGUCUUCCUCGCAGGUCUCUAUCGCCACGCAGCCUGCUAUGGGUUCUGCGUCGGUUGAUUCGACUGGCAAUCUCGUUCGCAAGUCUAGUCAGCGCAAGCACGCGAGACAUACCAGUAUUCUUCCUUCUGGACGUGGCUUUAUGGGAUUGAAGCUUGGGAAGAGGUUAAAUAACAAAGCUUAA